AUGAUUGCCAAAGUGCCCGUCUCCCUGCUCUAUCAGCCGCUCGACACCAACACCGUCGCCUCGCACGUCUCACGCUUUCCCGCAGCGCUCUCGCACACCAAUGACUUCGUCACGAGCACGCUCAAGGAGGUCGGCUCUCGCGCCACCGAGCCUGGCUCCCGCGCCCGUGCCAAAGUCAAGGUCCGCCACACCCACCCGGUCGGCGACCCGUUCGCCAUCGCCCACUGCACCACCGACCAUGAGCGCCUGCCGAUUGUAGGCCGCAUCCUCGAGAUCCUGUGGAUCCAUGACGACAUCACAGAAGAACUCAGUAUCGACGCUGCACAGUCCGAGCACAUCUCCCUGGCCGACAUGCUGCGUCUGGACAUCGACCCGACAGCCUUUGAGGGCAAGCCUCCUCAUCAGAAACUCCUGGCUGAGGCCGUCAGGGAGGCUAUUGAUUUUGAUCCUAUCGCCGCCCCAGCCAUGCUGAGCACCAUGGCCAAAUACCUCAAGACCUACGACCACACCGCGGUCGAAUUUGACUCGAUGGAGCAAUAUAUCCCGUUCCGAGUCCUGAAUGUUGGGUACUGGUGA